AUGCAGCUACCCGAAAUACGUGUUAAGAGACCGGGUGUCAUGAGAGAACUACUUCCUAAAGAGGAAGAAACUAUGGAACAGGACGAACGACCAAAAGAAUCAACUCCAAAGGAAAGUUCGAAGAAUUCACAGGAUAAAGCCAUGGUUAUAGUCAACCCAUACGAGCUUUCAAUUCCAUUUCCCCAGGGGUUGAGGAAACAUAAAAUGGAGCAGCAGUACAAGAAAUUCCUCGAAGUCUUCAAAAAGCUCCACAUCAAUAUCACACUAGCAGAUGCACUAUCCCAAAUGCCCAGCUAUGUAACAGAUGCACUAUCCCAAAUGCCCAGCUAUGCAAAGAAACUCGGCUUGGGAAAGGCUAAAGUGACUACCGUAACACUGCAGUUGGCUGAUAGGUCGCUGACCCACCCAAGGGGAAUAAUAGACGAUGUACUUAUCAAGGUUGAAAAAUUUAUAUUUCCUGCAGAUUUCCUCAUCUUGGACAUGGAGGAAGACAAGGACAUCCCGUUGAUACUCGGCAGACCAUUUUUGGCAACAGGGAGAGCCUUAAUUGAUGUUUAG